UUUCAUAGCUGAAAUUUCGGGGUUUUUUUUUUUGUUUGCUUUAAACAAUGUCUACAGAUCUUGAAUUGUUCCAAGAUUUGGCAAAAAUAAAAUUACCCAAACUCAAGAUUCAAUCUUCCAAUGAAAGUGGAGUCGUAAUGCAAGAAGAAAACAAGAACCAAGAUGACAGUAGAAGCAGCGAGUGUUUAACACCAACCUCGGAAGAAAACAAGAUCCCAGCAGUUUUGUCAUGUCCAGCAGCACCAAGGAAACCUAGGAAGAGAGCUGCUGCAAGCAAAAGAAAGCUAUCUGAACUUCAGUUCUUCGAGAUCGUUAACAGGGAAGAAGUUGAUGCGUUUUUCAAAGCUGGUUUUGAUGAUUCUAUCUCUAAAAGAAGGUGCCCAUGUACAUGAAAAAUAUCAGCUUUUCUUAUCGUCUUUUUUUUUUUUUUUGUGU